UUUGGAGUGGCUCGGCUGAAUACCAGAACACAGGAUAUGCUUCACACUGCUCUCAGUUUCACAGCAGCAGCAGCAGCAGCCGCAGCAGCAGCCGUGAGGACGACACACUCUGCAGUCAAGAUGAGUGCUGGGGAUGUGGUCUGCACCGGCUGGCUCAUUAAAUCCCCUCCGGAGAAGAAACUAAAGAGAUUUGCGUGGAGGAAACGAUGGUUUGUUCUUCGGCGAGGUCGCAUGAGCGGUAAUCCAGAUGUGCUGGAGUACUAUCAGAGCAAGAACUCCAAAAAGCCAAUCCGCAUCAUCGACCUGAAGGAGUGUGAGGUCGAAAUGCUGAACGGGCAACUCAGGAUAAAGCGAGACUUCCACGGGAAGCACCUCUUUGUGGUGAAGACGUCGUCUCGUGUUUUUUACCUGGUGGCCAAAACUGAGGAAGAGAUGAACAGCUGGAUCAGCAGUAUCAGUCAGAUUUGUCAGUUUGGGAGCCUGGAGGAUGCAGAGAGCUCAGAAGAAGGCUUUCCCCACACCCCCACCUCCCUUCAGCCAUCUCCUGACAGCUCUGACCGAGCAUCUGUAUCAAGCCAACUGGAUUCCAGUCAUUCACUGGACUACCUUUUUCUCUCACAGUGUGAGACGGGGAGUGUAAGUAGACAUAACAGCUUUUCAAACUCUGAGAUCUCUUUGGAGCAGAAAUCAUCAGACGAUGCUGCCAAGGAUAUUAUCCCCUCACCCCCCCUUUACACCGAUUCCUCUGCAUCCUCCAUCUCUCAUGCGAGCCCAAGCCCAUCUCUUUUCCCCCAUGGGAGGUUGACUAACCCUCCUUUCAGCGCUCCGUGCACCUCCAUGGCUUUACCGACAUCGUCUUCCUCUCCACUACGCCACUGUGCCACAAAUGUCUUCCAGUUUGACCACGCUGCACUAUUUCCCCGGAGGACAUCUUUGUCAAGCCUGGACCAUUUCAUAAUAGGAGAUGCUGAUAAUCGAUUGAUGAGGAGGAGGCAGAGUCUGAAUUUGCCUUGUCUAAGCACCAUACGGGUUCAAAGCUACGAGGAUGAGUCAUAUGUCCCCAUGGCUUCCCCUUCUCCUUCUGUUACCGCCACUGAAUGUGAUGGUUACCUCCCCAUGAGCCCGAGAACAUUCAGUUUCCUCAAUUCAAGCAGCAAUGCUGAGUCCUCACCGACUCUCAGUCAACUAGUAUGUCAACCUGGAAAUUUUGCGCCGCCACCAAUUCACCGGCAUCUAAAGCCUCGCUUGAGGAGAGCUCGACCACCACCUCUUGACUUGAGAGGCCUCUCUACAAUCACAGAAUGUCCCACUCAUCUACCUUUGAGCAGAGCAAUGACUGAAUUAUGCUUUCCACUGAACUGUUUACCUGAAAGAAUACUUGAGAACGGAGGCAAUUCAAGAAACGAAGACACAAACUGCACACCAAUGGAGUCAAGGCAGGUCUGUCUCACCCUCGAUGGAGCGGUUCAAACCUGGGCGAGGAGAUCAAAUCUUGAUUAUUUGUCACUGGAUUUCAAUUCGGCAUCACAGUCUCCUGUGCAGAAGCAGAAGCCCUUCCUGUCCGAUGACCACAAAGUGGAUUAUGUGCAGGUGGAUGAGAAGAAGACUCAGGCGCUGCUAAACACCAAAAUGGAGUGGACAGACGUGCGGCAGUCAAAAACAUAAAUGGGAAAUAUGUGAUGACAAAAAUCAGGAACACUUGGUUUCAAGAAGACCAAAAAUAACACCAGCAAGGAGGCCAUACAUGAAGAGGACCAAAAACUAUUUAAAAGCACUUUGAAAAACAGUAUUAAAAGUAAAAGCACAAGAGUGAGUAAGCAGUUGCUUGUUUGCAGGGUGGAAACACAAAAUUGCACUGUAAAAACUUAAUUAACUUUGAGUAUAUCUGCACUGUAAAUAACACCAGAUUGUGCACUCUAUCACAAUAAUUUUUACUGUAGCAUAACGUUUUACCAAAUUUUAAAAAGGGCAUCAUGUUGCUUUGUUGUAAAAAAAAAAAUCUACGAGACAUGCUGUAAAUGUAUGUAAAAUAAUCGUGACCUGUAAAGAAGGCAAAUAUUUUCAUGAUAAAAUGUUCUUUUUUAAAAUAUUUCUCUCCCUCAUUAUGUAUCAUGACCCAAAAUGUUCCAUCCUGAGCUUUCUCUUUCUCCUGAAGUCGAAGCGAACUGCUCCUUCUAUGACCUUCAUAUUGAAGAUGUUGUGAUUGCAGCAAAUUAUGAACAUUAUUUCCUGUACAUCCCCAAAAAUGUUAUCUUUGGUUACACAGACACAACUAAAUAUUACAUCCAUGAGUCAAAUUUUAUUAGAAGCAAACCAUCAUUGUCUGUUUUCAUAAACAGUGUUAAACAUAAUUAAAUCAUUUUCUCCUCUUUAAA